UUUUCAAAUUUAGAGGAAACGAAGUUUGCCUGCAGAAAAAAUAGUAGGCCUAAUGCACCAUACGCGUCAUGAUUAACUCCGUCUUAUCUUUAUAGACUUACCUCUCAAACCUUGACUUCACUUUUGUCAGACGUUUGCAUUCCUCAUUUAAUUCAACAUGUACACAGUCAGGCUGCUCUUAUCUUGUCUGCUUUUUAAGGAGGUCAUCUCAUUGUCAGGAAGUUUCUGGCACAUCACGGAUCUGCACUGGGACCCGACCUACGAACUGAACAACGAUCCUGAACUUGUUUGUCAAUCAAGUGACAAACGACCUGCAGCCAAUGCUGGAAAGUUUGGAGACUAUGCUUGUGACUCUCCAUGGCUCCUUAUAAACUCCUCUGUGUAUGCCAUGAAGGAUAUUCUGCCAGAUCCGGACUUCAUCGUUUGGACAGGAGAUGACACACCACAUGCAGAUCUGGGAGAGAAAGUGGUGCUCCCCAUUAUCAGCAACCUUACCCACAUUAUAAAUCAAGUGUUUCCAAAUACUAAAGUCUACUCUGCUUUGGGCAACCAUGACUACCACCCUAAAAACCAGCUUCCUGCAGGCCCAAAUCACAUCUAUAGCCAAACAGCUGAAAUGUGGCAGGAAUGGUUGGAUCCAGCGUCCCAGGAAACGUUUAAAAAAGGUGGAUAUUACACAGAAAAGCUGCUGAAUCGAACGGGUUUCAGGAUGCUGGUACUAAACACUAACCUCUACUAUGACCAGAACAAGCAGACGCAGAACAUGGUCGACCCAGCGGGACAGUUUACCUGGGCGGAUCAGGUUCUUACAGAGGCCGCCAACAACAAAGAAAAGGUGUACAUCAUUGGCCACGUUCCCCCAGGUUUCUUUGAGAAGAAGAGAAGUAAGCCUUGGUUUGUGCCAGGAUUCAACAAGCUUUACCUGGAUUUAAUUCAGAGGCAUCAUUCAGUCAUACUGGGACAGUUUUUUGGCCAUCAUCACACCGAUAGCUUCCGAAUGUUCUACAACUCAGAUGGCUCUCCUAUCAGUACGAUGUUCCUCAGCCCAGGUGUCACACCGUGGAAAACAUCACUUCCUGGAGUCGUGGAUGGAGCCAACAACCCUGGGAUUCGGGUUUUAGAAUAUGACACCCAAACACUCCUGGUCAAAGAUGUGGUGACUUACUAUCUGAACCUGACUCGUGCUAAUGCAGGUGGAGGACGCUGGGAGAAAGAGUAUCGCCUCACCGAGAGCUUCAGAGUGCCAGAUGCCUCGCCAGCCUCCAUGCAUCAGGCCCUAAACCGCAUUGCCACUGACCCAUGUUACCUUCAGAAGUACUAUGAGUACAACUCUGUCAACUACGACUUGACAGAGUGCAACAGCGACUGCCGCAUUGACCAUGUUUGUGCAGCCAGAGAGGUAGACUUUGACAGGUAUGAACGCUGUCUGGUAACAGAAGGGGCAUUUGCCAUUUACAGCGGGUUGCUCCCUGUCCUCUCUGUGGCUGUAAGUCUGGUGCUUGCCAAUCGAUAAUCAUAUUUUACCUUUUACUGUUUAAAAUGUAUUAUUGAAGCUUCAUGGAGUCACAAACUAAAAUUCAAGUUCAACACAGUGUGAUCAUGUAAAUAUUUAACACCAAAGGAAGUGUUUUCUUAUUUAAAAUCAUAUGGCAUCUAUAAUUCAGGUGACUCAAGCCUAAAAUAUGUACUCAACCAGGGAAAAACAACCUUUGGUUUCAGCAAUCUUUGGUGUGGCCUCUAGACCUUGGUUUAUUUGUGCUGGUUGCUUCCCUGUCAAACUAUACUAUAUUUAAUAAAACCAGAAAAAGGCCUAAACUGUUUCUUAUU